AUGUUUAACACCACGUUUUUUAAGACAAUGUUCAAGACUAAGAAAAGGGAGCCGGAAGCCCCUAUAAGCGAGGAUGAGUUUGACAACAUGAUGCAGCUCGCUAGAGCUCAGCAACAGGUCGAGCACGGACUUUCAAAAUGGCAAGCAACAAAAAAGUACCCUUGGACAGUGUACUUCAUGUUUGUCUGUGUGUGGGCCAUGGUCCUUGUCGGCUAUGAAAAUCAAGCUGGAGGUAUUGUUGUUAGCAUUCCGGAAUUCAGGAAAGACUUUGGCUUUUAUUAUCAAGGACAGUAUGUUUUGGAAGCCAAAUGGCAGUCUGCCAUAACCGGUGGUCCUACUGGUGCCCUUGCGGUGGGCUUUAUAUUAGGAUCAUACCUUGCUGAUAGGUUUGGUAGAAGGAACACAUUGCUUUUCGCUGUCAUACUCACCGUGCCGUUCAUUGCCCUUGAAUAUAUCGCAACUUCUAUUCAAGUGUUUUUCCUGGGAAAGUUUUUCAACAGCUUCUGUUUGGGAGUCAUCUCCACUUGUUCUUCGGUCUAUGUUUCUGAAUGUGCACCUCUUGCGUUAAGAGGAUUUUUUGCCGCUACAAUUGCUCUUGCGCUCUGUAUUGGUCCGUUCAUUUGUGUUCUCAUCAAUAACACAACGAGUACUUACACUACACGAAUGGCUUAUAGAGGUAUCUUCAUUCCCCAAUGGAUCUUUUCCGUCACUGCAAUGGUUAUGAUUACAACUAUUCCAGAGUCCGCUUAUUGGUAUCUUUCCAGAGGUAAACGUCGGCAGGGUCUUGCGUCCUUAAAGAAGAUGUAUCGAGAGGAAAGUCUUAUACAAAAACAAUACGCCAUGAUGCACGUGACCGUCAUAGAGGCAAGCGAGAUUUCGUCUAAAGCCGGUACUUAUCUGGACUGUUUCAAGGCUAAAGACUUGCGUCGUACUUUGCUUGUCGUCUUUCCCCUUUUCAUGCAAGCAAUGAGUGGUGUUUCUUAUGUGUCCAGCUACUCAACGUAUUACUUUCAAUAUGCGGGAUUUGAUACCCAAAAGUCUUUCCAAAUAUCAUGUGGUGCACAGGCUUUAUCUAUUGCAGGGGUUAUUUGUUCCUGGUUCAUCAUUGACCGAUUUGGUCGCCGAUCAUUAAUGAUCUCGGGCAUGAUUGCCAUUACCAUUCUCAACCUUUUGAUUGCCAGUACGGGUACCGACAAAAGCAAUAGAGCGGCAAUGAAAGCAUCUUCAGGGUUUAUGACAAUGUACAAUUUCGUUUACAACAUUGCCUUGGGAGCAGUGCCCUACAUUUUGGCUUCUGAGGUGUCGUCCGUUUUCUUGAGAGCAAAGACUUAUGCGAUUGCAAACCUAACGAAUAAUGCUUUUCAAUGCAUGUGGUCGUUUGUGCUUCCGUAUAUGUUCAACGCAAACGAGGCUAACAUGGGAUCAAAGAUCAAUUUCAUAUUCACAGGGUGCUCAUUCCUUUCGAUAUUUGUGUUUUAUUUUUACCUUCCGGAAACUGCAGGACGCUCCUUUGAAGAGAUUGACGAGAUGUUUGCUUUGAAGAUUCCUGCGCGCAAAUGGAAACACUGGCAAACAAGAAAACAGGAGGAGUCUGAAAAGUACUUGAGCGAGCUGAAAAUCACAGAGUCUCAUGAUGAGCUCCCGAAAUCGAUUGUGUAG